ACACACACACACACACCGCAGACUUGGCCUAACUUCUAUUCGACAGGAGACAGCUUCUGGCUUCACCAGACAGAAGGACACCAUUUACCUUUAUCUACCGGAUCUAACACACUCCGCAAGACCUCCGGCUGCUUCUGAGGGCUCAGCUCCCUGGCCACUCAGCGGUCAGUUCUCUUUGAUCUUGUGCGGGCUGUUCUCCGUGCUGCGCUACCCCCGGUGCGCUAGCCGCUAGUGCGCUAACCGGCCGGAUGACCAGUCUGAAGGAGGACGCUACUGCUGCUGCUACUGCUGCUGCUCAGAUGGAGGGCUGCUGUGUGGACGACGCUGGGUGGGACGGCCAGUUGGAGCGGCGUGCGUCGGUCAGCGAGGAGGACCUGUGCUGCCCGGUGUGCUGCGAGCUGUUCCAGGACCCCGUGUGUCUGGGCUGCUCGCACAGCGUGUGCCGCGGCUGCCUGCGCCUCUUCUGGACCAAGGAUGCCCGCCGCGAGUGCCCCGUGUGCCGCACGCCGUCCCCCGCCCACGAGCCGCCUGCCAACCUGGUGCUGCGCAACCUGUGCCAGCAGGCCGUGCUGCUGCAGAGAGGCCCACGCAGGCCCUCAGACCAGGGGCUCGCCUGCACCGGCGGCCCAGCCAGGAGGCCUGCGUCUGGGGCAGCCACGCAGUGCAGCCUCCACGGGAGGGACGUCAGCCUCUACUGCGUGGAGGAGCGUCUGGCGCUGUGUGUGGAGUGUGUGGACGCAAACACACACAGCACACACACCUUGCAGCCGGUGUGUGAGGCAGCACGGGACCUCAGGGAGGAUCUGAAGAGGAAGUUGCAACCUGUGAGGGACAAACUGGAGUCCUUCCAGAAGGCCAAGCUCGUCUGUGACCAAAUGACUCAACAUGUCCAGGACCAGGCCCAGCGCACGGAGAGGUCAAUCCGGGCCGAGUUCAACAAGCUUCACCAGCUCCUACGGGACGAAGAGGUCGCCAGGGUGGACAGCCUCCGAGAGGAGGAAGAGGAGAAGACUCGCACGAUGAAGAGGAAGAUCGAUGAGAUUGACACAGAGAUCGCCCAUCUCGAAAACCUGGUGUCGGCCAUAGAGAGAGAGCUAGUGACAGAGGAUGUCUCAUUUCUGCAGAAGUACAAGAAUGCUGUGAAGAGGACGCAGUGCCCGCUGCAAGACCCAGAGAGGGUUUCAGGAGCGCUGAUCGACGUGUCCAGACACCUGAGCAACCUGCAGCCCACAGUCUGGGAGAAGAUCCAACACACUCUGCAGUACACCCCGGUGACUCUGGACCCCAACACGGCCCAUCCGUGCCUCCAGGUGAGUGAGGACCUGCUGAGCGUGCGCUACUUCUCCCCGGCUCCGCGCGCCGUCCCUGCCAACCCCGAGCGCUUCCGCUCCUUCCCCUGCGUGCUGGGCGCCCAGGGCAUCGCCGGGGGCAACCACGCCUGGGAGGUGGACGUGACGGACAGCAGCUUCUGGCACCUGGGCGUGACCGCCGAGUCCAGCCCGCGCGACGCCGACUCUGCGGACGACGGGCACGUGUGGCGCGUGUGGCACUACGGCGGGCAGUACCGGGCGCGCUUCUCCCAGGGGCCCGUGAGCACCCUGGCGCUGUGCCAGCCCCCGCGCACCGUCAGGGUGCAGCUGGAAUGGGCGAGCGGGCGCCUGGAGUUCCACGACUCCGACAGGCACCUCCUGCUGCACGCCUUCACGCACACGUUCACAGGGACGCUGCGCCCUUACUUCUUCAACAAGGGCUCCAGCCUGAGGAUACUGCCACAGCGCCGCCCUGUAGGAGACCCAAGGCACUGCAGCUCCGCCUGAGCUGGACAGGCAGUGACCACAUUGUCAGUCACAUCCUCACAUGACACAUGCAGGCCUCUCCAGAGGCAGCUUGGACAUCACAGGCACACACACACACACACACGCAUGGCAUGACCCAUAUCGAGCCCAUAUCAGUGAUUUCAUAACUCUACCUGAGCCAAUGUCACACAUGCAGUGGACUCUCAGAGUGUGAGAUAGGGAGUUGUCACGUCAUCAUAUCACCCAGGAUUCUCCAGGGCAACGCAUGACAGAUAUCCACCACGCGUGCACACACACACACACACACACACACACACACACACACACACACACACACACACACACACACUCACUCACUCACUCAAACUCAGACAGAUAACAUCCACAACUCUCCAGGGCAACACACUGAGGCAGACAGAUAUCCUCAGGGUCUCUAGAAGCAUGUGUUCAUACAAGUCCUCCCCAACUGUGUGUGUGUGUGUGUGUGUGUGUGUACAGACCAGCUCUCUCUAUAACAGGGUGUGUGUUCAUGCAAGUUCUCUCCAACUGUGUGUGUGUUCAUAUCUGGGGCAUCACUAUGCUCCAAAUGAUGUGUUGUGGCAAGCUAACGUUCAAGUGAGAUCUGCUGCAUGAAGGAGAGUGAGAGGACAGCCAUGUGCUGCUUGUACUGUAUGCUUGAUAAAUAAGUCCAUAUAAUCACACUUUCAAUGCACUUUCAAUGCAAAAUAAUGGUUUCAUAUCUGUUAAUCAACUUUGCAAAAUCCCGGCAAAUUCGGCUGCCAACGCCCCUGGUUGAGAUGAUACACAUCAUACACAUACACAUACACACCCACACCCACACCCACACCCACACCCACACCCACCCACACCCACACCCACCCACACACACGUACAGUGCAUGCCAAUGUAACAUACAGUGUAUGGAUCAUAUGCUAAUGCUUCUACUAAACUUGUGCUUCCCAUUCUCCAUGAGUUACAAAUGAGCAAUUAAACUCAUUCUGAAU